AUGAUGAGCAUGGUGAUUACACAAGUCGUGGAGACUAAUUUGGUUGCUUUUGACUGUCACUGGAUCAUUAUAAAUGAGGAAAUAAAUGAUGUGGACGUGCAGGAGCUGGUGAGAAGGUCAAUUGGAAGGUUGACAAUUAUUCGACAGACAUUUCCAGUCCCCCAAAACAUAAGUCAGCGCUGUUUCCGUGGCAACCACAGAAUAUCUUCAUCACUGUGUGAUCCGAAGGACCCUUUCUCCCAAAGCAUGGAGAUUUCAAACCUGUAUAUAUAUGACACUGUCCUCCUGUUGGCGAAUGCCUUUCAUAAGAAGCUGGAGGACAGAAAGUGGCACAGCAUGGCCAGCCUCACCUGCAUCAGGAAGAACUCUAAACCCUGGCAAGGAGGACGGUCGAUGUUGGAAACCAUCAAGAAGGGUGGAGUGAAUGGCUUGACUGGAGAACUGGAAUUUGCAGAAAAUGGGGGGAAUCCCAAUGUGCAUUUUGAAAUUUUGGGGACAAAUUAUGGAGAAGAUCUGGGCAGAGGCAUCCGCAAGCUCGGCUGCUGGAAUCCUAUCACUGGUCUGAAUGGAUCGCUAACAGACAGAAAGUUGGAGAAUAACAUGCGAGGAGUGGUUCUGCGUGUGGUGACUGUGCUGGAAGAGCCCUUUGUCAUGGUGUCUGAAAAUGUUCUGGGAAAACCGAAGAAGUAUCAAGGCUUCUCAAUAGACGUGUUGGAAGCCUUGGCUACUUACCUCGGCUUUAAAUAUGAAAUUUAUGUUGCACCGGAUCACAAGUAUGGGAGUCCUCAGGAUGAUGGGUCAUGGAAUGGACUGAUAGGAGAACUGGUAUUUAAGAGAGCUGAUAUAGGGAUCUCUGCCCUAACCAUCACCCCCGACAGGGAAAACGUGGUGGACUUCACAACACGUUACAUGGACUACUCAGUGGGCGUGCUGCUUCGAAAAGCGGAGAAGACAGUGGACAUGUUUGCCUGCUUGGCACCGUUUGACCUCUCCCUGUGGGCAUGCAUAGCUGGCACUGUGCUGUUAGUAGGGCUACUGGUCUACCUCUUGAACUGGCUCAACCCCCCACGCCUUCAGAUGGGAUCCAUGACCUCCACAACCCUCUAUAAUUCCAUGUGGUUUGUGUACGGAUCUUUUGUGCAACAAGGAGGAGAGGUUCCAUACACAACCCUGGCAACCCGACUGAUGAUGGGAGCUUGGUGGCUUUUUGCUUUGAUUGUCAUCUCCUCCUACACAGCAAACCUAGCAGCUUUCCUCACCAUCACACGCAUUGAGAACUCCAUCCAGUCUCUCCAGGAUCUCUCAAGGCAGACGGAUAUUCCUUAUGGCACUGUCUUGGACUCCGCAGUCUAUGAGCACGUCCGAGUGAAAGGGAUGAAUCCUUUUGAGAGGGACAGCAUGUAUUCCCAAAUGUGGCGGAUGAUUAACAGAAGUAACGGCUCGGAGAACAACGUCUUGGAGUCAACCGCAGGCAUUCAAAAGGUGAAGUAUGGGAACUAUGCCUUUGUAUGGGACGCAGCGGUAUUGGAGUACGUGGCCAUCAAUGAUGCAGACUGCUCUUUUUACACGGUGGGGAACACUGUUGCGGACAGAGGAUAUGGGAUCGCACUGCAGCAUGGCAGCCCCUACCGAGACGUUUUCUCACAAAGGAUUUUGGAGCUGCAGCAGAACGGCGACAUGGACAUACUGAAGCAUAAGUGGUGGCCGAAGAACGGUCAAUGUGAUCUUUACUCAUCUGUGGAUACCAAACAGAAAGGAGGUGCCCUGGACAUAAAAAGUUUUGCAGGUGUUUUCUGCAUCCUCGCUGCUGGGAUUGUCCUAUCCUGUUUCAUUGCAAUGUUGGAAACGUGGUGGAAUAAAAGGAAAGGCUCCCGGGUCCCAUCAAAAGAGGACGACAAGGAGAUCGACCUGGAACACCUCCACAGGCGCGUGAACAGCCUCUGCACAGACGACGACAGUCCCCAUAAACAGUUCUCCACCUCAUCGAUUGACUUGACCCCGCUGGACAUUGACACUUUACCCACACGUCAGGCACUGGAGCAAAUCAGUGACUUCAGAAACACUCACAUCACCACAACCACCUUCAUACCAGAACAGAUCCAGACUCUGAGCCGCACGCUGUCUGCUAAAGCCGCUUCGGGUUUCUCCUUCGGCAGCGUGCCCGAGCACCGAACUGGCCCUUUCAGGCACAGGGCACCCAACGGUGGCUUUUUCAGAAGCCCCAUCAAAACAAUGUCAUCGAUCCCUUACCAACCAACUCCUACUCUGGGGCUGAAUAUCGGUAGCGACCCAGACCGAGGCACCUCCAUCUGAGCAUCAGGCCAAGUUUCUUCACUGUUUCUUUUCUAGGACUCCCUUUGCAAGGAGCAGCUGUAAUAUUGUGGGACUAACAUGGA